CCUAAACCAUCCUCUCCAGUCCAGUCCAGUCUGGAACACUUCGCAAAUUAAUCCGCAAUAAUGACGACUCGUCUUUACGUAGCUCUGUUUCUGGCAGCUUUUGCUUGCCCAGGGUUCGCCCAAGUACCGGAAGGUUAUGGCUGUAUGGAGGGCAACUUACCGAACGAAGUGAGACAAGAUUGCCACCCUGAGCCGGGCGCGAGUGAGCAGAUAUGUCGGGCCAGGGGGUGUGUCUGGUGUGGUCCUGAUCCCAGCGCGGAUGGACAAAAUUUCCCACAUUGCUUUUAUCGGAAUCCAUUCUAUGUUGCACCCGGUCCGAGUUGUGACGUUGGUUACGUUCAACCCGCCCUUCGGGUCGAUUGUACCGAUGGAACCGAGCCGAUGGGUGAGAUGGGAUGUCGCUACAGAAAUUGCACAUGGUGCCCGGAUGUUCCCGGAUCGAUGUAUCCGCCGUGUUUCACUUCCGCCGCUGUAGACGACACGGGUUACGCGAUGGUCGGUGAACCCGUCCAAACCCCAGGUGGUAUCAGCUUUACCAUUACGAAAUCCUUAAUCUCGCCGCAAUUUGAAAACCAGUUCACCACGCUUAACUUCGAGGCCACAUUCCAGUCCGAUUACCGACUCAGGAUUAAGAUAAGCCCCUCAGACACGCAACGAUUCGAAGUCCCCAUCCAGAUUGAUCCGCCGGCAGGGUCGAAUGCCAACCUCUUGUACGACGUGACCUUCACCCGGUCCCCAUUUUCCUUUCGGGUUGUCCGGAAAUCCAGCGGCGCCGUGCUAUUCGACACGUCCGCGGGAAAAUUCCAAUUUGCCGACCAGUUCAUCACGAUGAGUUGGAGGUUACCGACAGAAAACGUGUACGGUUUGGGGGAAAAUGAGCAGCGAAGUUUUAAACAUGAUUUCGCCGAAAGAUUGAAGUACACGCUGUACGCGUCGGAUCAGGCUCCCUAUUUCACUUCCUCCCUCUACGGAACCCAUCCCGUUUACACAGUAAUUGAAAACGGCGGAAACACGCACAUGGUCGCCAUUAUUAACAGCAAUGCUCAAGAAUUUCAUCUGCUUCCCGGCCCCUCGAUGAAAUAUAUUACGAUCGGUGGCUUAAUCGACAUGUACUUUUUCCUCGGACCAACGCCUGACCAGACAGUCCAACAAUUUACGGAGGCGGUCGGUCGUUCCCAAAUGCCGGCCUACUGGUCCCUCGGCUUCCAACUUUGUCGCUGGGGUUACGACAACAUCACAAACAUGAAAGCGGCCGUUGACCGGACUGAAUUUUACCAAAUUCCACAUGACGUCCAAUAUGGCGAUAUCGACAUCAUGCGCGACGAACUUGAUUUUACUUACUCUGAAGUCAAUUUUCCCGGGCUUCCCGCCUACAUCGAAGAACUUAAAGGAAAGGGCAUCAAAUUCAUAACGAUUCUUGAUCCCGCCAUUUCUACUAUUGAUGCGGACUACGAACCCUACACUUUAGGGACGGAGAUGGAUGUAUGGAUAAAAAGGCAGGAUGGAACUCCGAUGACUGGCCAUGUUUGGCCGUACGGCGCCACGGCACCUUGUCAUUUCCCGGAUUACGCAAAAAAUUCAACGCGCGAAUGGUGGAUCUAUUUGGUGGACAAGUUUCACGAUUUGCUCGCUUACGAUGGCCUGUGGAUUGAUAUGAAUGAGCCGGCCAAUUUUGAUAAUGGAGAUAUCCAGGGGUGUGCGAACAACACGUGGAACUACCCGCCAUAUCAGCCAAAAACCGACGCGAACAAGGCGGACAUGCACUUUAAAACUUUAUGCGGUGACCACGUGGACUCGGUUUCGAUCCAUUAUAACACCCACUCCUUGUACGGGUGGUUCGAGUCGGAGCCAACUUUAAUUGGAGCCAGAAGCGGUACCGGAAAACGGUCCCUGGUCCUGUCACGUUCCACUUUCAUCGGUUCGCAGCGAUGGGCAAGUCACUGGCUGGGGGACAACUGGUCGCACUGGUCAAACCUCCACUUUAGCAUUAUUGGCGUUAUGCAGUUCAAUUUGUGGGGCAUGCCUUAUGUUGGUCCUGACACGUGUGGUUUUAUUGGAAACUCGAACGCUGCCAUGUGUCAAAGGUGGGGCGAGUUGGGAGCUUUCUAUCCCUUCUCGAGGAAUCAUAACGUACGAGAUACCAUUGACCAAGACCCCGGCGCGUGGGGUGCUCAGGUUGCCGCCUCUACAAAAGCGGCGCUUGAAGUGCGUUACACCCUUUUGCCAUAUCUGUACACCCUCUUCUACCACCACGUCUCCAGCGGCACGGCGGUCUUCCGCCCUCUCUGGUACAACCACCAAGACGAUUCGAGGACCUAUCCGAUCGACCGCCAAUUCAUGUGGGGAGCGGGACUCCUAAUUUCUCCCGUUUUAACCGAGGCCACCACCUGGGUUACUGCCUACUUCCCUAAUUCCCGCCAUUUCUCGUACUAUACUGGUGACGAGAUUCCAGUCCGCGGGAACACGUUGAACAUGACGGCACCUUUGGAUUUCAUCCAUGUGCACGUCGUCGGUGGAAACGUUCUUCCGACGCAGGAGCCUGCAAGAAAUACGGAAGCCGCGCGACUAAACCCGCUCGGCGUUAUUGUCGCGCUGGACGAUGGGGGGAGUGCAGUGGGGGAUUUGUUCUAUGAUGACGGAGACAGUAUCGAUACGCACCUGACUGGCGCCUAUUUCCACGCUGUUUAUACCAUGUCCUCUGGCACCCUGACGAGCACCGUGGUGCAUGAUGGGUACCCAGAAAUGGGAACCAAGACGCUGAACACGAUUCGUCUCAUGGGACUAACCACGCCUGCGACCAGUGUCACUGUGAACGGGGUGAGUCACACUGACUUUGAGAAUUUGGAGUCUGGGGAAGUCCUUGUCAGAAAUUUGAACCUGGUUGCCAAUUCAGCUUUCACCGUGGUCUUCGCUUAAUCUUAAUUUAAAAGGUUAAAAUUAUUGUGUAAUAAAAUUAUACUCAUUGGCCUAAAUAAAUACUUUAAACCCAAAAUUCAUCUAUGAUCUCUUCGAAUUAA